GCUGUUCAAAUACAUUCAAAUUUACAUAGUAUUUGCUUUAAGUAUUAUUUACCUUUAUGGCGUUCUUUCCGUUUCGUGAACUAAUUUUUGAUUUAUCUCAUUUUCAAAUGGACAAGUUCCGAUUCUCGAUAAUACUAGCGUUCCUGAUUGGACGAGUUGAUGUUUUGACCAUCUUUGUAGCGGGAUAUAUUUUUUUACAGUAGCUUUUUACUAAGUAAUGAAUGGUUAUUGCAUUACUGCUUUGUUCACGGAUAGAAAAUCGCUUUCUUCAUAUACCCAUGUAAUAUAUGACAAGUGACAAUCGUUUUUCUUGUCAAAUUUAUUGCUUAGUAGGCUUUGCAGCUGCGCGACAACUGAGAAAAAAGAGAAAAUAAAACCAGCAGGAGUUGAAAGGAAAUAAUAAAUACCAUAUUUGAGCUUACAAUGGGUAGCCUUAGAUAGCCUUGUCGCGAUAGAAACGGCGAGACUUGUUGAGAAUUCAAUGUCAGUUCUGUAAAACGAAAACAUUCGAGGUUUUAUCUACACUAGAUUUUUCAAUGAUGGGUAUAAGCAGGGCAAGGGCUGAGGAAACGUAGGACAUUAUUAAUUGACUUCACUUUAUGUUAACGCUAAUAUUGUAUGCCAGGCAUUGCCAUCCUAUCACUACACAUGAGAUUAUAAACUCAUUUACAGGACUAUUUAAUGCCAUUGUUUCCUGCAUCGAGUUUUGUUUAUCCCGUUCUUGUUGGCGCCAUUUCCUUGACGUCUCCGCUCUGUCGAUGUCCUUCAACAACUUAUGAAAACGAGAAGCGAAGAAGCACUUCCACUCUUCUUACUCGCGGUAAAACUUCAAUUCAUUGAUGUCGUAGCUCUUCAAAUAUAGGUCUUCUUAGAUUUCACGUAUAUGGUAAUAACUUGGGUCUUUUAAUCACUCCUGUUUAAUUUAAAAUCAACGUUGAGACGGCUAAACUCGUUACGGCCAAGGAUUUAGUCUAAUUAGUACGCGAAAUGCACGUAUAUACGUCACAGUAUUCCAAGGACGUUGAUUGGUCGAGAAUUUCAUUAUCCGAACGUGCAAUAACGACUUUGUGACUUGCUCAUUUGAAAUCAUUAGAAGCGAUCGGGUUAUCAACGUCUGCGCGUUGGCGGGCUGGCUAUCUCCAUAAUAAACACUGACAGACGGAAACUUCACCAGAUCAGUUCAAGACAUCGAAGAGAUUGGUCCAAGAAAACCUUCAAGUUGAGCCUUUUUUUUCAAUGCGUUGAAUGUGAAGACAAGGAGCACCAUUGCUGAGAAGUUGAUUUUCUAGCUGGAGGGAAAACACCUCCUUAUACGACAUUGCUGUUUUUUUCUUCUGUUAUCGUUUUUGGCGGGCUAACAGCGACUGACGAAACUGGUCUUUUCUUUGUCAUUUUGUGAAGCAGUAGAAAUUCUACGAUGAACGACACAAUAGCCAACAGUACAGAAUCCCAUGGGCUACAAAACCCAGCUUUAGACGGAGCGUUCAUCGUUUUAAGCAUAUUUAUUCUGAUCAUCAACAGCAUCGUCAUCUACUUGUUUUUCUCUCGCGAGUAUCUGCAGACAAAAACCAAUAGCUUGCUCGUCAGCCUUGCAGUCAGCGAUCUGAUGGUAGGUCUUCUUGGCAUCCCGCUCAACAUCGCGUGUAAUGCUGUCACAGUCUACCGGGACCAAGUGUGUUAUGCAGCCGCCCUGACUUACCGCCUGCAAGCUGUUUCAGAGAUGGCUCACAUAUUUGUGACAACAAUCGAGAGGUACAUCUAUGUCAUGUAUCCAAUGAAGUAUAUUCGUAUCGUCACCGCACCUAGAAUCCUCAAGGUGAUGGGAAGCGUGUGGUGUUUUUCCAUCUUCGUGGCUUUCAUCCAGUUCGCUUGGAAUAACCCCAACGAGAUCCUGGGAAUGCCGACUCCAACCCGAAUGGUCUACGAUGCUGUUUAUAACAUUUUCGGCGCCCUGGUCUGCUUCCUUCUGCCGCUCAUUGUCAUGAUCAUCAGCUACUCCCGUCUAUUUGUCGUUAUUCACAGGCAGAUCAAAGAAAUCCACCUUCAAAACUAUCCCAGAAGUGGGUCAGGAUCGCAGCGUGCGCCUGUCGCUACCGAAGCCCGUGCUAUUUCAAUCUUUGCGUUGAUGUUGUCAAUUUUCACGCUUGCCUGGUCUUCGUGGUACAUCAUGUCUUUCAGCUUUUUCUUUGGCUUUUACCAACAUUUAUCCGAUCACCUCCUGGAUUUCUUGGAUUUCUUCAGAUUUUCAGUGGCAUUUAUCAAUCCUAUCCUGUACACAUUCCUCAAACGAGACUUUGCGCGCGCUUUUAAGUCCCUAGUCAUGCGCGAAGGCGUGCGCCCACGCGAGUUUGUCACCUCGACUCGUUUGAAAUCUCGUGGGUUUGCUUCGACGUCAAUGCAAACGCGAAUGUCAAAUUCCUAUGGAGACGAAAAUCCUAUCACUGCCAAUGGAAAUACUGCUUGAACAGUGCCGAUGGAAAAUGGAAAAAGAAGAAAAACAGUGCAAGGAACAAACUGAAUUUGUGGAUGGAAAAAGGGAGUGAAAGAAAAAAAAACUGUGUCAGUAACAGACAUGGUAUCAUAGAACACCCUCGUCGGUGAAAAAAGAAGCCGGUGUAAGCCCUACUUCUAUUUGCAUCUUGUCGGAGUAGAGUAAGGGAGACUUAAAACACUCAAAUCCAGAAUUAAGGAUGAGAUUAAAUGGGUUUCUUUGUUAUCUUGUUAGCCCUAUCGCAUGACUCGCGUGCGACCAAUGGGCGACAGCGUUGGAGUGGAGUAGGAUAAAUGAAACAAUUAAAAAACUAUCUAGGAUAAAAACAAUCAGUAACCUUGAGAAACGACGUAUUUUGAAUGCUAAUAUUAAGCUUGAGGGACCUAAACUGAAAACUGAAAACUGGCCCAAAAAUGGGAAAUGAAAAAACGAACAUUUAUGAUCGAUGAAAAUGAAUAUCGUAUGUCGUUAAAGUCAACCGUUUUAUGUACAUCCAAGCGGCGUCAAACAGGCUCGAAGCUCUAUGCUCAAAAACGGCCAUAAAAAUUGGAAUAAAGAUGUCUUUAUAAACA